UUCAGCGCUACCCCGCACCACAUAAUAAAAUAAUCAACUGCUCAUGAGCAGUGGAGCCGCAGUUGGUAAGAUCUGACUAAUCACCUCGUCUCCGCUUCCCUUCCGCCGAGUGCUCUUAAGCCUCAUCCCCGUCAUCCAUCAUCCACAGUCCUAUCCACUAUGAACAGAGGCCCGUUAAUACUGUCUAUCGAAGAGGCAGAGUAUCUUCUUGAUCAGCUUCCUCCUCCCGGCGGAGACCCGCUGGCCACAAAGCUUCGCGAACGCCUGCUCGAGUUCCUCAAGGAAGUCCGCAAGGGUGCAGAGGGUACCGGAAAAUAAAUCAUCCUACUAUUCUAGUUCAAUUUC